GUUCCGCCCCGGCCAUGGCGGCGCCCGCCUGCCUGUGGCUCGUGUUCGGGUUCAGCCCCGAGGAGGCGGCCGGGGAGCCGGGCCCGGGCCCGGGCCCGUGGCGGCUGGAGGCGGGCCCCGAGGGCAUCUCCCGCGUGUGGCCCGCCUGGAGCUACGUGGUCGUGGAGACCGGCGCGGGGCUGGAGGUGCGGAGCGCGGGGCUGCGGCGGCCGCUGCCGGGCUGGGCCGAGGCGCUGCCGUCCGAGACGCACCUGGUGCUGCGGGGCGCGGCGGCGGCCGUCGCCUGGCGGCGGGAGGCGGCGCUGGGGGCAGCGCUGCAGGGCGAGCCCGCCUGGAGCCGGCCGCUGCCCCCGGAGCCGCCCUGGCGCCGGCCGCUGCCGCUCCUGCCCGGCGGCUUCGCCACGCCGCGGCCGCCCUUCUUCACCGCGCUGCCGGCCGGCGUGCGGGCCCGGCGGCUGGUGCUGGGCACGGAGCACGCCCUGGCGCUGGGCGCCGCCGGAGAGGUGUUCUCCUGGGGCGGCGGCAGGCACGGGCAGCUGGGCCACGGGCAGCUGGAGGCGGAGCUGCAGCCGCGGCUGGUGGAGGCGCUGGCCGGGGUGCCCAUGCGGGCGGUGGCGGCCGGCGGGUGGCAUUCGGCCAGCGUCAGCGAGGCAGGAGACCUGUACAUGUGGGGCUGGAACGAGUCGGGGCAGCUGGCCCUGCCCUCCAAAGCGCUGGCAGAGGAGCGAGCGCGGGAUGAGGACAAGGGCGCAGGGAGCACCAAGCUGAUGCCCUGCCAGGAGCAGCUGGCUGCCCAGGAUGCUGCAUUCAUCUCCAUCCAGGCGUUCCCGGCACUGCUGGAUCUGCCACAGGACCUGGAGGUCAGCAUGGUCAGCUGUGGCUCCCGACACACAGCCGUGGUCACACGAGGCGGGGAGCUCUACACCUGGGGCUGGGGUAAGUGGCACCCCUGCUUUGGGACUGUACAGCCUCCCUGGGAGCAGCUUCUGGUUCCUGUUCUCUCGCCCUUGGCUCUUCUGUCGCUGUACUAUUCUGUCUACACUGGGGCUCUUGUGUUCCCUCCCCACAAACACCAGGAGCAAUUGCCCUGUGAGGCCCCAGUGUCAUGACUGUUUGUGCAGGGCUGCCGUGUUGGUGUGUGCGAGCCAUGUUCCAGCAUAUCGGGCUCCAGUGAAGCUGUCCUGGGGCGGGGACUGCACGGGGCUGUGCCUGGGUUUGUGUGAGCACGGUGCUCGUUCUGGGGAGUGGCACAGACAGCAGCGCUGGCACAGAGCUGGGGCUGAUUCUGCUCCUGUGGGGCGUGCAGAGUAACUCGGGGAGACUGGGACGCACAGCACCAGGGGGCGCACAGCAGGUCCGGACUGAGAUGCGGCUCUGGCUCGGCACGGUCCGGACUGAGGCUGCGGCCGUGGCUCGCCAGGGCACGCUCGGCUUGCGCAGCCUCUCCCGGUGCGGAGCGGAUCGGCUCUGCAGCCCGUUCGGCCAAUCAGGGCACAGCAGCGCUAGCUUUUUCAGCCAAUCAGGAUUCGGAUUGGACUGCUUCUUCAGCCAAUCCGGAUGAGGAUUGAAAGUUCGAGGUUUUUG